AUGUUCUCUGGGUCCAACUCGUACUUAGGGGGUGGGAACAGUGCCCGACCAGGGCAGCCUCAGUAUGGGCAGCAGCAACAGCAGCCCUUCCAGCAACCUGGGGGCUUUCAAGGUGGACUAGCACCCCAGCCGACGGGAUUCGGAGGAGCUCCAAUGCAACCACAGUUUACUGGCUUUCCGGGCCAGCCGCAGGGCUUUGGACAGCCGCCGCAACCUCAGCAACCGCAGUACACGGGCUUCCCAGGGCAGCAGAACCAGCAAUUCCAGCAGCAGCAGGCUCCCCAGCAAAUGCCCUUCCAAACUGGCGCGCCGCCGCAACAGCAGCAGCAGCAGCAGCAACCGCCUGCUCAGCCCCAACGGCCGCAGCCUACAGGCAUGACAUCGGCGCAGAUGGCUGAUUCAUUCCGGGGCAGCUCUGCGUCUUCAGUACCACCACCUGUCCCUGCCAAGACGACCAAGAUUCCGAACAUACGGCUAUCCUUUAUCACGGCGCAAGACCAGGCCAAGUUUGAGCAGCUGUUCAAGUCGGCUGUUGGGGAUGCCCAGGCUUUGUCUGGAGACCAGGCGCGGGACCUCUUGAUGCGCUCUAAGCUAUCUGGCGAUGCGCUUUCUCACAUCUGGACCUUGUCAGAUACAACCAAGUCCGGUCAGCUCCUGUUUCCUGAAUUCGCGCUCGCCAUGUAUCUUUGCAACCUCAAGUUGACCGGAAAGGACCUGCCCAACUCUCUCCCCGAACGAGUCAAGAACGAGGUCUCUAGCAUGGUGGAUAUCAUAUCGUUUGGGGUCAGCGACGAUUCGUCAAAUCGCCCAACACCAGCAAGCAACGCCCCGAAGUUCAACGAGCCUCCUACAAUCCAGCAGCCGCAGCCGCAGCCCUCGAACAGCCAAUUGUUGAACACUUUAGUCACGCAGCCAACUGGAUAUGGACAACAGCCAAUGGGCAUGCAGCCGCAGCCUACAAGUUUCGGACAGCAACCCACUGGUAUGCAGCCACAGCCCACUGGCUUUGGGCAGGCUCCUGGUGGUUAUAACGGACCACGUCCACCAAUGCCUCCUAUGCCCACUGGAUUCGGAUCAAACCUGGCACCUAACCAGACCGGAAUGGCUCCUCUCAAUGCUCAGCCAACAGGGAUGCCCGGUCAGUGGGGCCUAGCUAACACUCCUGCCACUGGAUUGCCAAACAUCGAAGCUUUGGCGCAGCGGAUGAUGCCUCAGACUGGCCGGGAGGGUGGCAACCACACGACUGCUGGCUUGACGGGUAACGCCACGAUUCCCUGGGCCAUUACAAAGGAGAGAAGAAGCUCACAAGCUCUUGAGAUCUUUGAACAGAGUGGACUGCCCAAGCCAGAUUUGGAGCGCAUUUGGACACUCGCCGACUCUGCUGACAGAGGUCGUCUUGAUCUAGACCAGUUCGCGGUUGCCAUGCAUCUGAUCUACCGUAAGCUCAACGGCUAUCCCAUCCCCGCUCGCCUCCCCCCUGAGUUGGUACCACCAUCUACGCGCAACAUCAACGAUUCUAUUGGUGCAAUGAAGAACUUGCUCCGUGGAGAUGCCGAGGAUAGAAAGAACUCUGGUGCUUUUCUUCAGCCUCAGCGCACUGGUGUCAGCUACCUGAAGUCUCACUCGUUCCGUGCUGGUAGCCCGCAAGCCGGUGGCCGAAAGGAUGCUACAGUUUUCCGUAACAAUGACGAUAACGUAGGCUACAAGUCAAGUGCCAGACACCGUCUUGGUGGCGGUGGCCGUUCGCCUUCACCAGCGCAGCCGGCUUCUCCUUCUUCUGAGCGAUCCGACGAAAUGUCCCUUGACCAGCUCAGGAAGUCCGUCAAAGAGAAGCAGAUCCUGUUGGAUGCUAUGGACACACAAGACGAGAACGCAGCUGACGAAGACGAUGCGCUGGAUCGCCGAGACCGCCGAGAAGCUGAGGAUCUCUACCGCCGCAUCCGCAGGGUACAAGAAGAUAUUGAUGCCCAUCCUAAAGCUUCACUUAGAUCGUCUGACUCGGACGCCGAACGUCGUGCUCUGAAGCGCCAACUCCAGACCUUGACUGAUCGCUUACCUGAACUCGCAUCCAAUGUACGCAGGACAGAGCGUGAGAUAGCAGAUGCCCAACUUGAGCUCUUCAGGCUUAAGGAUGCCAAGGCGCAUCCCGGAUCUGCAUCUACUAUUGUGGGUACUGGACCUGGCGGUGCGGUGACUGAAUCAGAUCGCUUGAAAGCCCGCGCCAAGGCUAUGAUGCAAGCACGCUCUGCUGCAUUGACCGGAAGACCUGCUCCUGCUAGCGAUGACACUGGCGCUGCAACUGAGCGCUUGGAGAAGGAAAACUCGCGCAUCCGAGCAGAGAGGGAGAACAAUGAGCGCAUGAUCCGCGAUGUUGAAGAUAGCGUAAAUGAAUACACUAGGGGUCUAGAGUCGAGCUUGAAAGAAGGAGGGCAUGACAACACAAGUGAGCAUGAACGACGCCGAUGGGAGGAGGCUUUGGGUGUAGAAGAUGAUGUCAAGGACUUCAUCUUUGACCUGCAGCGCAGCAGCCGGGCUUCGCGCAUCCGCAAAGACGAUAAGUCCCGCGAUAAUUACAGGGCUCGCUCAGAGGAGAGGCGACCAGCGACAUCUCGCUACGAGAGCCCUGCUGCUCGUGUUGACCCUCCUCCUCGUGCAUCAACAACUACACCCGGUGGUGGCUCGCAUUCGGUAUACAAGACUCCAGAGGAACGUGCGGCCUUCAUCAAGCAACAGGCUGAGCAACGCAUGGCCGAGCGUUUGGCUGCCCUAGGUAUCAAAGCUCCGGUGAAGGCUGGUGAGACACCUCAACAGCGUGCCGAACGUGAGAAGAGAGAGCGUGAAGAGAAGCUGCGUCAGGCUGAAGAGGAGGAUGCACGUCGCGAGGAAGAGCGUCAAAGACGUCUCAACGACGAGUCCGCCUCACCACCUGCUCCAACCAAGAGCAGUGGCAAGAAGCCAGCACCGCCGCCACCAGCUUCGCGCAAGAACAAGGCCGAGGUUGCACAGCAUGAUGUCCAACAAGCGGAAGCAGAGUCGAAGAGGGCAGACAAUGACAUGGCUGAGAAGGCCCUCCGCGAGCAGCAGGAAGCUCAAGAAGCUGAGACAAGGCGCAUGGAGGAGGAGGAGCGCAGACAAGAGGAUGAACUGGCCAGGGAGCGCGAAUCUGCUCAGGCUAGGCUUCGUGCUCUAGAAGAGCAAGUUCAACAAGGCAAACUCAAGAAGGCUGAAGAGAAGAAGCGUAGGGAAGCUGCUUCUAAGGACUCUAAGGAGAAGGAGUCCCGAUUGGCCGCCCAGCGUGCUGAGAUCGAAGCUGCUCGUGAGCGCGAACGUCAGCUACAGAUGCAGCUUGAGGCGCUCGACGAUGACGAAUCCUCGGACGACGAUGGCCCACAAAACAUCACGCCUCAGGACACCACACCUACCGCCAGUCAAGAGUUACCACGUGAUACAGCACCUCCGCAAGCACCAUCAAUUCCCCAGAUCUCGCACAACACACCACCAUCGUCCAUCGCCAGCCCGCCUGCGUCCUCGGUGACUAGUCCUCACCCUGGAUUGGGCGAUACUGAGACCAAGAACCCAUUCUUGAAGAAGAUGGCCAUGUCCAACCAGGAGAACAACACUGUCUCGACACCUCCGCCCCCGCCGAGCAACACGAGCGAGGUGUCUACAAACCCUUUCCACCGUCUUACUCAGGAGCAAGCUAACAAGGCUGCUGCGCCUACGUUCAACGAGCCCGCUGCACCCUCAGCGCGCAGACUAAGACAGGACGAUGAUGACUGGUCCGUUGUCGACUCAGAUGACGACUCAUCCGACGACGAUGAAGCGCCCACCCAAGGCGGAGCCAAGCAGCUGGCAUCCAUGUUGUUCGGUACCAUGGCGCCACCACGCCCACUCUCUUCAAUGGACAACAAGAGCCCACGUGCUGAGAGCCCAGCUGUGACGUCGCCUCCUACAGGCAUCCCACCACCUCCACCAAUGCCAACAGGUGGUGCGCCUCCGCCACCACCAGGCCCGCCGCCGCCACCGGGUGGUGCUGCACCUCCCCCACCCCCAAUGCCUAGCAUGAAGCCUCCAGGUGGAGUGCCGAACCGUGGAGCGUUGCUCGGCGAGAUCACUGCCGGUAAGGGUUUGAGGAAGGUAGAGACUAAGGACAGGAGCACGGCUUCCACUGCUGGACGGGUUUUGGGUUAA